UCCUCAUAAAUAUUUAAAAAAACAAGCAUUUAGAGACAAGCAGAAUAUUACAUAUUAUAUACAUGUUUGACCAUUUUGUGGUGUUUAUAUAUUUCAAUUUUCUUUUUCCUCCUAAAUUUUUUGCAUAGUUUUUCUUUUAAUUGUUAAAAUUAGGCAAAUUAAGAGAAUUUUGGGGUUUACAUUUGGAUAUUGACUUCUUAUAUUAGAAAAAUAACAAUAAUUUACUUAAACCUAACUCUUAUAUUUAUAUAGAUUUGUAUAUUCUAGUAUCUUUGUAAGUUAGCCUUUGGGAUUUUGAGAUUCACCAAACAAAUAUUUUAGCCUUUAGCCAACCUUUUGUAAUACCCCACUGCACAAAAAAAAAAAACAGACAAAACCGUUGGAUUGGAACAACAUUUAGCGACAAACUUAACUUUGGAAGUGCCGACACCACUAGGAAAAGGACAAACGUCGUUAGACGGUUAAAAACCGGGUCCUGCUUUCCACCUUUCAGUCAUUUUCCUGGAAACUGCAUUCGGAAAUUUGUACGAGCAAUUUCCGACCAGAAGGGGAGAAUAAGCCACAAGUCGAUUGAUCUUUCUGAAAUUUCCCACCUUACAACUGGGUUUGGGGACUGACAUUUGGAAGCAUUCACGAUAGAAAGGAAGCUGCAAUCUUAGCUUACAGACAAAGAAAUGUUGGCCAUGUUUCUUGCCAAAACAUCUCUUAAUGACUGCCAUUUAAUGACCUUACAUUCAAUGGCUUAAAGGACAAUGAUAGCAAAGGAUUGGGACAAAUUUCCAAUUGUUUUUGGACUCAACCCCAUGAUUAGCUUUAGUCGUGUAAAUUAAGGUUGUAGUAUGGUCUGCUUUGGUUAUAAAGUAGUCUUUAAGCAAACUGGCUAAUUAAUUGGUAACCAAAGUUCCUAAAGUGCCAGAGAUAUUUGUUCGAAGUUUCUUGCAAAAACCAAAUUUUAAUUUGUUUUCUUGUUUCCUAAUAAACUAGUGACAUACGAGGAAAUGUCCCGAUCAUGUUAAAAUUGUACUCAUAAAUGAUUAAAUCGAAGUUUCGUGAUUACUUAAAGUUUAUUUGUUAAGAUAUGAUGGUUUUAUAAAAAAGUGAAUUCGAAUUUAACUUUUUAAAUUAAAAAUACAUACGUUUUAUGGUUGGGAUAAGAUUUUGAAAUACUUCCAUCAUUAUUAAUGUGGCACAUGGACACUGGGCCCUCUGAAGCAAGCCCUUAUUUGGGGCUACCGGCCCUAAUUCCUACCGCCCAUAACCUGUCCAUAGCGGAAUUAGGUUCAUGUCUAGCAAAACACGGAGAGCAUUAGUGGCAUUCACGUAGAGAAUAUUCUACUAAUUAUUAUUAGUAUUUAUCUAAUUUCAUUUGUAGGUAAACAUGGACAAAUAUUAAAUGUUUAAUGUGAUAUAUUUUUUUGAAGAUUUAGAGCCACUUUUGGACCCUUUUAACGGUCAAGACGGCAGCUGGAGCCACACAGGCUACCAGUGAGUGAGCUGGAGCUGGAAUUGGCCGGCAAAUGCUAACAGGAACCAACGACUACUUCUUUAUUCACUGAGCUGUCAAAUAUUACUUAAUGACAGUUCAAUAAGAGACAUCAAUCCUCAAAAAGGAAAAGUUCGUGGCCUAAUCAAGUUAGACUUUGGAUUUUCUUAUGUCAUCGAUUUCAUCCUUUUUGCUCAUUUGCAUGCAUAGAAUUUGUCCAUCUUAGUUCCUAGUGUUCACCACUUAACCUUUUUGAUUAAGUCUCCAAUUUCUUCUCCCUCUAGGAGAAAAUCUAAGGCUUUGGGUGUUUCUUUUUAAUAGCGUCUGGCAUUUGUCUUGGGGUAUUCAUCUUUGCUCCCAAAGCCCAAAGUUUUCCUUCACUUCUUCUUCCUCCUCCCAUGGCCACCCCACAGGAGAAACCAGCACAUGUUAACGAAACUUGGCCAUUAAGAGACGACGACGACGAAGGCGCUCGAGAUUUCGAAGAGAGGAUUUCAUCAUCCGGAUGCGGUUGCAUCCAGGGCCUUUGCUGGUGGCGUCGGAACGGCAAUGGAGGAGGGCAGGAGUACCUGCUGCACCAAAAGGAAGAGGUAAGAGACGGUUGGUUGAAGAGAAAAGCUAUGAAACUCAGAGAAACAUCAGAGGUUUUGGCAGGGCCGAGGUGGAAGAACUUCAUCCGCAGGUUUAGCAUACACGGGAUUAACAAGAAAAGAAGGCCGUCGAUGCUGUUUCAGUAUGAUCCUCAGAGCUAUGAACUCAAUUUCGAUGAAGGGAUACAUAGGGAAGUUGAUGCUGGAUUUCCUGGUUUCUCUGCUAGAUUUGCAGCUCCAGCUGGGAUACAGAAAGGGGAGAUGGGAUGUGAUAAACCCAGUUUUUGAUUGAAUUAUUAUACCAUAUAAAAGUGUAAACAUUGAUCCUGUACAUUGUUCAUUGUUCUCUGUUCAUCUGAAUUUUCAAUAUGCCACGAACGCCCGACAUGUUAAUAAUUGAUGAUCAAAAAUUGGUGGAAAUUGCUUUCCUUUUUCUUUUUA